GGUGUUGGAUCAGCUUUAUCGAUGUUCAUUACACUCCCCUCCGUUAGGUAGGGCCUGGCCUCCGAUGGGACUUCAGUGUGCAUUUUAGUACGCUAUCUCAUCCUUUUUCAGUCUUUUGGGUGUAUAUUUCUUUCGUAGACCAUGGCAGACGACGAAUUAGAGGCAAUUAGGCGGCAAAGAAUGGCGGAACUACAGGCAAAGCAUGGGGAUGCUGCAAAUAAUCAGCAAGGAGAGGAGGCCAAACAAAGAGAAACAGACAUGAGAAACUCUAUAUUGGCUCAAGUCCUAGACCAGUCUGCCCGUGCCAGAUUGAGCAAUCUUGCUUUGGUGAAGCCAGAGAAGGCCAAUGCAGUUGAAAACUAUCUCAUUCAAAUGGCUCGUUAUGGGAAGUUAGGAGGAAAGAUUUCGGAGUCAGGCUUGAUCGAGAUCCUAGAAAAAGUCAGUCAGCAAACGGAGAAAAAAAUGACUGUUAAAUUCAACAGACAGAGGGUGAUGGAUUCAGAUGAUGAGGACGAUUACUAAGUUUAAACGGGAGCCCUGGAAUGAGCCAAGAAAUCUGGAGAGGAUAUGCUUUACUGGGACUCUUGAUAGUUUCUUUGACCAGCAUUUUCCUGUUAGCUGAAUCCUGGGUUGCCACACUAGCUUCUGUGUGUCUCUGGAAAUUACAUACCAAGAGGGAAAAACAAAGACGUGAAGAUGACGUUGUGGCAUAAGUGGUGUGGGGUAGAAUUCACACAAUGUCGAAUAAGGUUUCCUUUCAUGACCUCUUUUCAGUCAAGUUGCUGCAAAUUUGCAGUUUUUGUGUUGCACCCCUGACAGCUCAGGGCACUGUGUGACUUCUCUAGUCCUUCUCAGUAGUUAUUCUUUUCUCUUUCAUUUCACCAUGGUUGACUUCGGUUCUUCAAUCAUAUGAGGCUAGACUAAAUGCAACACAUACUGCUGCUGAUGAAUUUAUCUAGACUAUUCAGUGAAAACAAUACAUUUUUUUCUAUUCAUGGCCAGCGUCCCAUUAGCCUUCGAUAUUGCACUUGGAUAUUUCUUUUUGCUGACAUGUAUCUUAAAGGUUUACAAAAAAUAAAAAUAAAUAAAGCCUUGAAUCCA